GUUUCUUGUUAAAGAGAAGUGCAAAAACUAAUGGUUGGAGCAGGCGAUGGUUUGUUUUGAAUGAGAAGACUGGAAAGCUUGGAUACACCAAGAAGCAAGAAGAGAGAGACUUUCGUGGUGUCAUUCCUUUAGAGGAUUGUAAUAUAGAAGAAGUUACAGAUGAGGAACAGCCUCCACCUUCAAAGAGUUCUAAGGAUAAGAAGGCAAAUGGGCCAGAUUCUGGAAAGGGACCAAGUCUUGCGUUUAAGAUUACCAGCAAAGUUCCAUAUAAAACUGUUUUAAAAGCCCAUAGUGCUGUUGUUUUGAAAGCCGAGAGCGUCGCUGACAAGGUGGAAUGGACGAACAAGAUACGCCGUGUCAUUCAACCGUCCCGAGGAGGACAAACGAAAGGUUCAUCCUCUGGAGGUGGUCUUACCUUGCGGCAAAGUCUAUCUGAUGGCUCUCUAGACACAAUGACUCGAAAACCUGCUGAUCCUGAAGAAGAGCUGCGGUGGAUGUCUCAAGAAGUUCGUGGUUACGUUGAAGCAGUUUUAAAUAGUUUGGCUGCAAAUGUCCCCAAGGCUGUUGUACUUUGUCAAGUUGAGAAGGCCAAGGAAGACAUGCUAAACCAAUUAUAUAGCUCGAUCAGUGGCCAAAGCUCAGCCAGGAUUGAGGAGCUUCUUCUGGAGGACCCAAACGUAAAACGGAGGAGAGAACGUUAUCAAAAACAAUCCUCUCUCCUUUCGAAACUUACGCGCCAGCUCAGCAUCCACGAUAAUAGUGCAGCUGCUGCUGGUUGGUCCGACAAUGAUGCAGCAGAAAGUAGUCCCCGAACUAGCGGAACGCCUGGAGAUGACUGGAAAUCUGCAUUUGAUGCAGCUGCUAAUGGUCGGGUCGACUCCAGAAGAUCUUCUUCCAAUGGUCGCAGUAGGUAUUCUAACGAUCCCACACAAAAUGGUGACAUAUACUCAGGUUCAAACUCGAGCAGUCGUCGUACUCCAAACCGUCUGCCACCAGCACCUCCACAGUCAUCUUCUGGUUCCAAAUACUUCUAGCAUCACAACAGACCUUGAUGAUUCAUAUUCUCAGCAACAUUGGGUCAUAUUUAGUGAUCUCCUCAAGUUCAUAUUCCUACUAGAAACUUCAAAGUGGAGAGAGAGGUUUGUGUAUAUAUACAACAUUUCUCAGUCUCAGGUUAUACUCUGCUUUCUUCAUAAAUACAAGACUAGAUUCAAGUUUUUGUUCUACCAUUCAUUUUUGGACAAGAAAAAUGUAUUUGAAUGCAUUAGUUAUGCUUUUGUUUGUACUAUCAUAUCCAUUUCUAAUGGGUUAUAAUAUAAUAUUCAGUUAUUUCUUAGUGUAAAGUGAAUCUUGAAUAGAAUUUGUGAUGGUGGAUUUGGAAAGAGCUGGUUAGAAAGAGAAGAACUCUUGGAUU